AUGGAAGGAACGUUCUCCUAUCAAGCGAGCGCUCGCCCCGUUCAAGAUCGCCCUAAAUAUAGAGAAACAUUAGCACCAACUCAGCAGUUGUGCAAUAUUGCGCACGACCCUCGUAUUUAUAAAGGUUCAACCUACGAAAGAAGAAACGUAUUAACAGAGAAAAUCGAACCAAUACCUACAUAUGGUCGAAAGACUCAAGCACGAGAUUUUGAGGUAAAACAAGAUGGUCCACCAGACGGUUUUCGUUAUAACGGAGCUCAGACAGACGCUUUUGAUGAAAAUAGUAUUAUUGUAGUUAAGCAAGAAUCAGAAAUAGCAGUCCAAACUGAUCCUUAUAACGAUCCAAAAAUUAUUCAUCGAAAACCACCGCCAAUUACUGCUGUAAGUGUCAAAACAAAAACACAAGGCACAGAUCUUUUCGAUUUCAACGAACAAGUUAAGCCAUUUGUUACAACAUUAGUACAGAAAGCUCUACACGACGCCUCGAUGGAAUUCCACGAGGAACAAGAACUCGCCAAUAUGGCACGUUAUCUUCGCGCUUUCAACCAAGCCGAGGCAAAGGAGGCCGAGAAGGUCGCAAAUAUCGAGAAGAUCGAGGCAGAAAAGUUUGCCGAGAAGGAACGCAUUGUCCAAGAGAAAUUGAAGAUCGAAGAGGCUCAAUUCAUUGCCAGAGCUAAGAUUCUUGCUCGCGGUUAUGCAGAAUUCUUUACAUGGGACCUUGCAGAUGAUGUAGUCAAACAACUUAACGCUAAUAAUUACUUUUAUGAUGAAGUCGAAAGAGAAAUCGAUCAACAGAUCAUGCCAUGGCUCUUCCAGCGUGCCGCAGAGGAGGUUGCUAAGCCAUCCAUCCCUGCUGCUCUCGCAGAAGCUGCCGGAAAUAAGGCAAACGAAAUAUUACAAGCAGAAACAGAAAAAGUUGACCAUGAAAUCUCAGAGGAAGAUGAACAGUCUAAAUCAGAUCGCUUACAAAUCCUUCGCAGGAUGAUUGGCGAAAGAAGAGUAGCUAUGGCUAUGAGAAUUAAGAAACAAAAGAGUCAGAAGAAGAAUAAAAAUAGUGAAGAAAAUGAGGAAGAAGACGAAAAAGAUGAAUAA